AUGGCCUACCACACUCUAACUGCGCUUCUGGCUCUAUUGCUAUCUGUCACCACCAUUGCUGUUAAGGAUGUUGAUUUCAACUCCCUCGUACUCAUGACAGAUGGGUUAAUCUCGUGCUGUAGUUCAUGCACCAGGAGAGUUUCAAUAAAAGAUAAAAAUAAAAAUAAAACUAGAAUUUUAACAUGGAUAGCAUGGCAUGGUCAUUUGCAGUGGCCCGGAUCGUAUUGCAAGCAAACCAGCGAUGGGUGUUGCCUCCCGAAGACAGGUAAACCAGAACUCGACUUCUUCGUCAGUGGUUUGUUUCCCUACUCUAAGGAUGGAACCGCUCUCACACAGUGCAAGAAGAGCCGAUUCUACAUCAAUGAGCUUGCUGAUCUAACGGACGACUUACAUAGCUAUUGGCCCAGCAUCGAGUGUCCAAGAAGUGACGGGCACAGCAUGUGGAGGAAUACAUGGAAAACGUACGGUGUAUGCACUGGCCUAAGUGAACAUGACUACUUCAAGAAGGCGUUGGAUCUUAGGGCUAAGAUAGACAUGCUCUCGAUAUUCAAGAGAAACGGUAUUAUCUCCACCGAUGAAGCCAACUACAGCAUUUCUGACGUGUUGAAAGCGAUCACUAAUGGGAUUGGAGCAAAUGCUGCGAUCCAAUGCAGUAAGAACGCCUGGGAUGAGUCGAUCAUCUACAAGAUCUACAUGUGUGUGGACAAAGAGGCCACCAAAAUCGUGCAAUGCCCAGUACUGCCGACGUUCACAUGCGCGGAACGUGUGGUUUUCGGUUCUUUCACCUAUGACAUGCUCAGCAAUGUUACUAACGUAGCUACCAACCCAAUCAAGAUGAGGGUCUUCAAUCAGUGAUUUCUGUGGUUGUGAUGGAUUGUGUUUUGUGUUAAGCUAGUUUCAUGUAUUUGGCAACUAUGGUCUUUUGUGUUGUAUUGCGUGGAUUGUAGUAGAUUAGUGUAAGCUUCUUCUCUAGGUAAUGCCAUGAAUAAGAUGCUGUAUUUGUACGGAUUGUGAUAGAUAGGAAUGCAAGUCUAUGCAUUUUCUUU